CGUGCGAAUCAAUUUUUCGCAUUACUAAUUCACGCUGCAAGACGGGAAAAAAGGCACAAAAAUCCACGAAAUUCACGAAAAAUUGCCCAAAAAUCAGAAAAUUGUGACAUUUUGUGUUAAAAACGGGAGAAAAUCUCAAGUUGAACGAUAAAAGUCGGCACUUUUGCCUACGUAAACUUUUUUUCGUCGCUCUCCGUCACCAAUUUUUAUCGUUUCCGAUAACGUUUUGAGGCAUUUUUCGCGUAACAUGAACAAGUGAAGUGCUCGUCAGUCUGCUGGUUGUGCUGUUCGGGUUCACACAACGCUCGAGCUAAUAAAAUUUUAAUAGUUUUUAAUAAAAAACGGCAGUAAAAGCAUCUUCAGUGAACUAUGUAGAGUAGUUAUUGUUGUUGAUGUAUGCUGCAAUUGUUCGAAAAGUGAUUACAAUCGAAAUAGUGUGUGUUGUGUUAGGCAAACUGGUUUGCUCAUAAUUAUUAUUAUUAUUAGUUGUUUUGCAAAUUUAUCGAAAUCCGUGGAUUAGAGUGCCCGAAAAAAAUUACCGGUCAUGUACAAAGCUUGUUGCCAAUAAAAAAAAAAUAAAAAAUCACACAAAAAUCUGCCAAAAUGGUUUUUAUCAGUUCAGCUAGCAAAUCAAAGUUGAAACGUGUCAGAAUUCUAACGAUGCGUCGGAAUUGCCUGUCAUUCAUCAAACUGACAAUAAUUGUCUUCCUCACAGUCGGCAUCACAAUUUACCUCCUCAAGUCCCUUGACAUCAUCAGUAAUAUCGAAAAUCACGCCGCUUUUCACAGGAUUCGGUCUGCCUACCUCCGAACCGGGUCAUUUUUCGACUCGCCACGUAACGUGCGUGGCAUCAAGAUCGAUUGGCACGAUUACGACUACAUCAAGCAGGAGGAAGAACGUGAAGGUGUCGGCGAACAAGGCAAACCUGCAACCCUCGAUCCGGGCCAAGACGAGUUACAGGACAAACUUUUCAAGAGAAAUGGCUUCAAUGCGUUGUUAAGCGAUCAAAUUUCCGUGAAUCGAAGCGUCAAAGACAUUCGUCACCCUGAGUGCAAAAACAAAAAAUAUUUAGCUGAAUUGCCGACAGUUAGUGUCGUUUUUCCGUUCUAUAAUGAACAUUGGAGUACCUUGUUGCGAAGCGUUUAUUCCGUGCUGAAUCGAAGCCCUCCCGAACUGAUAGCGGAAAUUAUUCUCGUCGAUGAUUGCAGUACGAAGGAUUUUUUGAAGGGACCUCUCGAUCGGUAUGUGAAGAAAUAUUUGCCGAAAGUGAAGGUUUUGCAUCUGCCUGAAAGGAGUGGAUUGAUUACGGCGCGGUUGGCAGGAGCUAAAGUAGCAACUGCCGACGUACUGAUCUUCCUCGAUUCCCACAUCGAAACAAACAUAAAUUGGCUUCCUCCGUUACUCGAACCCAUCGCCCAAAACUACAAAGUGUGCGUUUGUCCCUUUAUUGACGUCGUUUCAUGGUCAACUUUCGAAUAUCGUGCCCAAGAUGAAGGCGCUCGAGGAGCUUUCGAUUGGAAAUUCUUCUACAAACGUCUUCCUCUCUUGCCGGAAGACAAAAAAGAUCCCACAAAGCCAUUUGCGAGUCCCGUGAUGGCAGGAGGACUCUUUGCCAUCUCAACGAGAUUCUUCUGGGAGCUUGGCGGAUACGACGAAGGCUUGGAUAUUUGGGGCGGCGAACAAUACGAACUGAGUUUCAAGAUUUGGCAGUGCGGCGGAGCGAUGUACGAUGCUCCAUGUUCGCGCGUUGGUCACAUUUAUCGCGGAUAUGCGCCUUUCGACAAUCCGAGAAAGAAGGAUUUCCUCACGAGAAAUUACAAACGCGUCGCUGAAGUGUGGAUGGAUGAGUACAAAGAGUAUUUGUACAUGAGACACGCGACAAAAUAUCAAAAUACCGAUGCGGGAGACUUGACGGCGCAAAGAGCGGUGCGCGAAAGACUUCAAUGCAAGCCCUUUAAAUGGUUCAUGGAGAAUGUCGCGUUCGAUUUGGUCGAGAAAUAUCCGCCGAUUGAACCGCCAGACUUUGCAAGCGGCGCAAUUUGGAGCGAUGCGAAUCCAAUGUUGUGCGUUGACACGUUGAAUCAUGGAGAAAAUCAACCUGUUGGCUUAUAUAGUUGUGCCAGUAACAAAAAGACUCCGCAAGGCAAUCAAUAUUUCGCUCUAAGUUGGUAUCGUGACAUCCGAGUCAAAUUUGGCGACUUGUGCUUCGACGUUAGUGAAGGCGGCAAAGAUUCUCCCGUCAAUUUGUACAAUUGUCAUGGCGGGCAAGGCAAUCAAUUGUUCCGUUAUGAACCUGAUACCAAACACAUCGUUCUCGGGAAAAACCAUCGUUGUCUCGAUUGUGAUACAGAUGCUAAAAAAGUCUUUAUCAAUCCAUGCGACACAAGCAAAGACACCCAACGUUGGAAUUGGGGCUACAUGAACGAAACAGCUCUCGCCAACUGGAAUCAACACGGCUCAAAAUUAGUUGAUUAGCGGUACUUUACCUUCCUCGGAAAGAAAAUCUUCAAAUACAAAUGAUACAAAUUUUGGUAAACGCGGCAUUAUGAUGAUGAUGACAUUCCAAAACGACAUUCCGUACUUAAUUUUUAAAAAUUUAGCUCAAAUUUAAUUUUUAAAAUAUUUGUUAAAAAUAUUAUUUUAUCGAGUGUUAAAUAUAUUAUCCAAUUUAUCUAGUCUUAAGAAUAAUUUUAUUAAAAUUAAAAAAUAAAUAAUCAAAAUGAAUUUAGAAAAUUGCAUAAAA